GGAUAACCGCACCGCCUUUCUCUUAUCUCCAGUCUGUCGUGUUGGGCAGUUUCGUAAACAAAUAAAUAUUGUGGUUAGAUAGUUCAGUCACAAAAAUCAUGGAAUAUUUCAAAAGCAGUUUAAAAUCUGUACUCGGAGCCCAGGAUCCGUCCCAACAGCCGACCGGUGCAGAAGUCGUGGAUCGCCUGGUGGAGAGAGUGCAGUCGUGCACCCUUUUGGAAGACAGGCGAGGUGCGUGCCGCACCAUAAAAGCUCUUUCGAAGAAGCACAGAGUCCACGUCGGUGCCCAGGGAAUGCAAGCUCUCAUCGGCGUUCUGCAAACCGACAAGGAGGACUGUGAAAUCAUUGGCUACGCCCUGGACACUCUCUGCAACAUCAUGUCACCAACAGUAUUUGAAGAAGAAGGUAGUUUUGAUCUUCUUGGAAUAGACGAUAACGCAGAGAACAUGUGGAGCCCCAGCUCGUAUUUCAAAUCAGGCUUCACAGCCCGGUGGGAUUCAGUUAUUUGGGCUAAGAAAUCAGAAUGUUCAGAGGUAGAUCAGGAGGCCUUACUUCAUGUCGGAGAACAGUUUACAGAAAUAUUUCUCAAAGAGACAUACAAUGUUUUGUUAGUUUUGAAUUUCCUUGAAGAAUAUGAUUUUAAAGUUAGAUGGCCUGCUCUGAAGCUUUUGACAAUCCUUUUAAGAAACAGGUUGAGAGAUAUUCAAGAAAUUAUACUAGUCAGCCCGAUGGGCGUAUCAAAACUUAUGGAUCUUCUAAGCGACAGUAGGGAAGUUAUUAGGAAUGAUACAUUACUGUUGCUGUUUCAACUGACAAAAGCAAACGCCAACAUACAGAAAAUUGUUGCAUUUGAAAACGCCUUCGACAGGUUGUUUGAUGUAAUCAAUGAAGAGGGAUGUGCAAGUGGAGGAAUUGUAGUAGAGGAUUGCCUGCUUGUAAUGGUGAACUUACUUAAAAACAACACUUCAAAUCAAAAUUUCUUUAAAGAAGGAAGUUACAUUAAAAAACUCUGCCCCCUGUUUGAAUUAUCAACCGGAAAUGAAGAAACUUGGCCACCGCAAAAAGUGGCAAAUCUUCUCUGUGGCCUUCAGGUUAUCAGAUGUCUCAUAUCCCCUAGUAAUUCUGCUCAGAUUACAACGGCAUGUCAAAAUAUUUUAUACUCCAGUGGUAUAUUCAAUGCUUUAUCGUCAAUCCUCAUGUCACCAAGUGUGCAUGUAAAUUUCCUGACUGAAGCUAUUUUCACCUUGAGCGAGAUGAUAAGAGGCAAUGAACAAAAUCAGCAACAUUUUUCUACUAUUAUGGCACCUUCUACACCACCAAGAGAAGCGAUCGUAGUUUUAUUGACAUCUAUGGUUAAUGAGAAACAGCAGCUGGGUUUACGAUGUGCAGCAUUGUAUUGUUUUCAAUGUUACCUUUUUAAAAAUGAGGUUGGCCAAGCACAGCUUUUGCAAACUUUAAUGCUAACAUCACCAACAGAUUUCAACAAAGUUACAAGUGGCCAGCUACUUUGUACUAGCAUGUUUUCCCACGACUCUCUGUCAAGUUGGUUAAGUUCAGUCGGAUUAUCCUAUGCGUUGAUAGAAAAUCCAGUUCAAAAGGAACAACUUUUACGUGUUCUCAUAGCGCCGGAUCCAAAUUCCUCACCCGUGACUUUGAUACAUCAAGUUAGUGUUUUAAUGCAACAAACAAACAAAGUUCAAGGGAAGCUUGGAAUUCUAAUAUUGUUGGCAACUUGGCUCUCACAUUGUCCUUUAGCUGUAAGACAUUUUCUCGAGGUUCCUACUGUCAUCCCUUAUCUUACAGCCCAGGCCUGUUCAUCAGAAAGAGAUGAUAAUGAAGAGUUAGUACAAGGGUUGUGUGCAUUCCUUUUUGGCAUUUGUAUAAUUUUUAAUGAUGGUUCCAUUUCUGUGUACACAAAAGACUCAUUGUUGCUUAUUAUAAACAAUAGGAUUGGAAAGGAACUUUUUAUCGCGAAAAUGGGUGAGGUUUCAAAGCACGAACAUUACAGCAAAGCUGCCAAACAGCCUUUUCCCAGGGCGACGAGCCCCGACGAGCUUUUAUUGGAUUACGAAUUCUGCAAACUGUUUAAAGUGCUUGAAAGCAUGAUUGUCAAAGCAUUGAUAUCAGACAAAUCCACCAUAGACGUCAGUGGCGAAAUCGCAGAUUCGACGCUGGUCUCGGAGUACAAAAACCUUAUCAGGGACCAAGACAGGAAAAUCGCAGAGCUCGAGGCUCAGUGCGAGAACUUGCAAAAACAGAAAAUGGAUCUGCACUCGAAUCUAGAACAGCUGACAGCCAAUGUGGCAAGAAUGUCAGAUGAAAACACAUUGCUAAGAGCUCAAGUAAAUGCUUGUGGCCUUAAUAUAAAUACAGAUCUCAAUCUACAGUUAGAAAGUUGGAAAAAUGAAUGCAUGCGAAAAGAUUCUACUAUUCAGGAUUUAGAAAUGAAAUUGGGACAAAUGCAUUUACAUCAACAACAACAGCAACAGCCUCAACAUCCUACUCAAAAUAAUCUUCAAUCAAAAGUGGAUGAACUCCAAGAUGAGGUAGACCGUUUGAUGAAAGAUCAGGAAGACCUACUAGUCCUAUUAGCCGAUAAAGAAAAACUGUUGACCACUUACUCGGAAAAAUUGAAAUCACUCGGAAUAAAAGUUGAAGAAGAAAGUUGUGAAGCACCUGCUCAAAUCAUACAUGACGUCAAUAGUAUGGCAUAGCAAUUUUUGUUCAUUAACGAAAAUUCGAUUAAGGUGGUAAAAACCGUGACUGUACCGUGGGAAUGUGAAUAAGCGUUGAAUGAACUUUUGAACUGAAUUGAAUACAGAUUUUAUUUACAAGUGUCAAAGUAGUCUCUAAAAUACAACAGUAUUUUAUUUAUUUGAAUUAGAUAACUUGUAUAAUCUAUGUAUAUAACUAUCGUAUUGUUAGCUUUGUUGAAUAUUAUAUAUUUUUUAAUAAGAUA